GCGGAAGGACACAGUAUGUUGUCCGCUGCAUCCUGCUUCGUGCAGGAUCAGAAAUGAAAGGUAAGUAUAGGAGACGCUGAGAGGGUCAUAAACGGAUGAUUUUGCCCCGGCGUAAAACGAUGCAAUAUUGGAGGGAUAGUCAUGUUCCCUUCACUUCAAUCGCCUGCGACAUCCAUUCCAUUAUCGCCUACUCAGAGCCACGUCAUGCCACGACACAUCAUAACCACCUUAUCACGGCCUUACUACUCUACGACGGCCGCUGCUGGAGGUGGCAUUGCGCAAGAUUGGCGACCGCUGGGGCAUCGCCACCUUUCGGUCGCUCAUGUCUCGCGUGGCCUCCAGCAACACCAUUUCACCACGCUUGCAUCCCUAUCACGCCCCACACGCCCCACACGCUCGCCAUAUCACGUCACUUAACCAAGAUUAUGACCACAUCACGCUUUUCACUUGGGACACUUUUUCACAUCCGACUUGCACCAACCACCAGGGCUUUUUACGAUCGAGGCACGACCUUCAACUGCCCACGGAGCCUUCAUCGUGAUCGCCCCUUCACCAACCAUAUACCCCUCACGAAUUCUGAUCAUUAAAUUACUCCCCCAACGCCAAUAUCACCGGUUGAUUCUCUGCCGAUGUACGCAUCUUUGAAGCAGACAUCGACUUAGUUGCUACUAGGUAGGGAGUGGCGGAUAUCUUCUUCCCGCCAUUGCGUCGAAGUAACGGGAUCCUCAAUUGGAGAGACACUUUCUC